UGAAAACAGAGUUUUCAAUAUCGAUAGAUUGCCGAAGAAAAUUCACUUUCACCUGUCAAAUCAGAGAACCACGAAGUUUCAUAUAUUGUGAAAAUGGAAAACGAGAAAGAAAACGCGCAAAUGAAUCGCGAAAAGAAUGUUUUGGAUCCCGAAUUGGCCUCAAUGUCUCUGGACAACUACCAGAAUGAAAAUAUCCAACUGAAUCCCGAUAAGAAAGUAUUGGAUCCCGAAUUGUCCUCAAUGUCUCUGGACAACUACUACAAGAAGUACGUUGAGAAGCCGAUCAGCAAGGGAAAGUCCUUCCGUCCUGCGCCGAGCCCGUCGCGUUCGGAUGCGCACCUUCACUUCCAGCGGAUGCACUACUUCGGCCCCGCUUACCGGCAGAACGUGGCCAACUCCACUAUGGCAACUAUGCAUUCUCGGCUAGAAGAACUGAGAAAGGGUAUCGAGCAGGGAAAGGCCUUGCUGUUUUUAAUGAACACCGAGAAAGAGCUAACUCAACUGGUCACCAAGUGCCGGAAAUCCAAAAAUGAACAAAAAAAUGUAAAUAAAUAGAACAAAAGCUUAACUUGCGUUUGAACGACAUGCAUGAAGG